AUGACUAAAUCAGCAAAUAAAUUAAUAGAUUUCGUUACUUAUACCAAUGAUUGCUUUACGUCAAAAAGCAAGCCAAAGGUAGAGAAGAUCUUUGACUCAAUCGAGAAGAAGGUUGCCAAGAAAAGAAAGAGCACUACCACCAAGAAAACAAGCAAGAACACACUCAUCAACAUUCCAAAGAAAGCAACCAAGCCUACACCUUGUCAAUUUGGUGGUGUUGAUUGGAGAUCUGUUAUUGCCACUUAUGAUCAAGAUAUAUUGGAACUCUACUAUCAAAACAGAAGACUAAAAGAAUUUACAAUGGAGGCUGCAAACAUUUUGCACACAAGAUUGCAACCAAAUUUCAGCAAGUUCGGAACGUGGAAUUUUCUAGGAUCUUGUACAAAGGAAUUAUUGAACAAACUGUUCUCUCAUCAAGAUUGUUUGACUUGGGACGCUCCUUUUACAUCAAAAGAAAACGGACAAGUUAUCAAGAAGACUCAAACCUUCUUCUAUUUUUGUGGAUCUAUGCCAGAUUUAUUAACAGGAGAGUUUGAAUGGGAAUUUAAGCAACAUCCAAUUACGGAAGAUUUCAAUUUUAAACAGAUCGAAUCUUUUUAUAAUGAGCUAGUAAUUAUCAUCAAACCAGAUAAUCGAGUCUUCUGUCAUUACUCUCAAGUAACACAAAGCUUUUGUCCAAUUCUCAAGAAAUAUCUUCGUGUUUGUUAA